UUAUUGUCCUUCUGCAGCUUCCGUAUUUAUAGUGGCAUUAAAAUGGCUGCCCCUGUUGACAACGAUUUAAUUGAUCGUGACUUACCCAAAGCUGUUCAGCUGCUGAAUAAUCUCACAGAGCAGGUCGUCUCAGUCACAAGUCAUGUUCGUGAGCUGCUGACUAAAGUCAAAGAUGGUGCAUUUAAGACAAAUAAAGGUUUGUCUUACUUGGACCUUCGCUACCACCUGCUACUCUUCUACCUUCAGGACCUCACUCAUCUGAUCAGCAUCAAGACAGAAGGAGGCAAAAUAAAGGACAGUGAUGCCUUAAACAGAGUAGUCACAAUCAGAACAAUACUGGAGAAGAUGCGACCACUAGACCACAAACUAAAAUACCAGAUUGAUAAACUUGUUCGUACAGCUGUUACUGGCAGUCUAGCUGAAAAUGACCCGCUGCAGCUGCGGCCAAAUCCUGAGAAUCUCAUAAGCAAACUGAGUGACUCUGAGGAGUCAGAAGAGGAAGCAGAGAACAAGGCCGCCUCCAAGAAGAAAGCAGCCCACUCUAGUGGCAAGAAAUAUGUACCACCGAAAAUUGCCCCAGUGCAUUAUGAUGGUGACAUGACAGAAGCAGACAGGAAGAAGGUGCAAGUGGAGCAUCAACGGCAAGCAGCUCUUAGGAGUUCUGUGAUCCAGGAGCUGAGGCAGCAGUAUAGUGAUGCCCCUGAGGAGAUCAGGGAUAGGAGAGACUUCCAGAGCGAACGGGAAAGCCGCGAUGAGCUCCACAGGAAAAAUUAUGAGGAGUCAAUGAUGGUGCGUCUGAAUGUGCCAAAGCGUCAGAAGAAUGCCAGAAAAAGAGGCAUGAUGGCCAUGUCCGGCCAGCUGAGCGGCAUCACACACUUCAGUGACAUCACAGCUUUGACUGGAGGUGAAGGGGGGCAGCAUGGCGAUAACCCUCAACCCAAGAAAAAGAAGAAACCGAUGAAGAAGAACACCAAAAGGAAGGCCUUCAAGAAGCACAGAUAGAUCCAAACUGUCCAAAUGGCUUCUUACCCGCCGCCACAGAAGUCUUCAUCUGGACCAUCUUUUAAAAAUUCCACACAAUAUCCUGCAUUUGGUGUAAUUUUCAUGAAGCUUGUGAAAUAAAUGUUUACUAUUUA